UGAGUGAGUUAACAAGAAAGAAAACCACCACUUCCUGAAGAGUUCUCAAAGAGUAGGGCUGGGCAGUUGGGGUUUCAAGGCAGCAUAAACAGUUAGUGCUUGCCAAAGAAAGGCUAGUUUGCUUGGAGUCCCUGAGGAAGCAAUGGCCAUGUCUCUUCUCCUCUUUUCCACGCUGAUCCUUCUCACUCAGCCUCCAAGGUCACUGGGAACAGAAAUGAAGACCUAUUCCCAGAAAACAAUGCCCAAUGCCUGCACCCUGGUCAUGUGUAGCCCCGUGGAGAAUGGCCUGCCUGGUCGUGAUGGACGAGAUGGGAGAGAUGGCCCCCAGGGCGAGAAAGGGGAUCCAGGGCCUGCAGGAGCCAUGGGCCCACAGGGACCUCCAGGUGCCAGGGGUCCCCCAGGACUGAAGGGGGACAGAGGUGCUCCUGGAGACAGAGGAGCAAAAGGAGAAAGCGGGCUUCCAGACAUCACUGCUUUGAGGAGGCAGGUGGAAGCCCUACAGGGACAGGUACAGCGUCUUCAGGGUGCCUUCUCUCUGUACAGGAAAGUGGGUCUGUUUCCUGAUGGCCGAGUUGUUGGAGAGAAGAUAUUCAAGACAGGAGGCUUUGAAAAAUCUUUUCAGGAUGCACAGCAAGUAUGCAGACAGGCUGGGGGGCAGUUGCCCUCCCCACACUCUGCAGCUGAGAAUGAGGCCUUGCAACAGCUGGUCGCAGCUCAGAACAAGGCUGCGUUCCUGAGCAUGACUGACUCCCAGACAGAGGGCAAGUUCACCUACCCCACAGGGGAGUCCCUGGUGUAUUCCAACUGGGCCCCGGGGGAGCCCAACAACAGUGGUGGGGAAGAGGACUGUGUGGAAAUAUUCGACAAUGGAAAGUGGAACGAUAAGUCCUGUGGAGAGAAGCGCCUUGUGAUCUGUGAGUUCUGAGCCACCCAAGGUGGAUGGGGCACUCGUGGCCCAGAAGCCUGGCCAGCAAGUCAGGGCCCAGACCUGUGAGCUGCCAACAUCCCAUCAAGAAGAUGACAUCUCUGCUGGCCAUGGCUUCUCCACAGAGCCAUGGGAUGAGGCCAGAGGUAGGGCUCCUGUGGAACACCUCUCUCAGAAUAAAAUAUGAAUCUGGCAUCACA